CCGGACACAUGCCACAGCUGAUAUGGAGAUCCAUGGACCAGGCACGAAGACCAGUUUCACAGAUUUACAGUUGGCGCAUCUUACACGUGUGCCUCGGAAGCACGCGCGGAGAGAUUCCUUUCUUCUGUCUCCAUCUGAAGGGAGAGGUUUUACGAGGGUUUUCUGUAGAGAGUGUUUCCCAGUUUGCUUCUUCCAUGGCGUCCCUGUUUCAGAAAUUUCAAGAGGUUGUGAAAACUCUUGCAAAGAGUCCAACAUUCGCUAGAGAUCCGAGGAAGAUUCAAUUUGAAGCUGAUGUCAAUCGCUUGUUUCUCUAUACUUGCUACUAUCGAUUGGGAAAGAAUGCUGUUGAAACUGAUGCCGAUGAGAUCAUUGACAUGGCAAGCAAAGCAUCUGUUUCUGAUCAGCAGAAACAAGUCCAAGAAAACAUUCAUUCUCAAAUAAAAACCUUUUGCAAAUCAAUGGAUGAUAUUCUUCUGCCCAAUUUGAAGAAUUCCCAUGAUCCCCUUGUUUCAUCUCAAGAGUCGCAGGACACCCCUCGAAGGAGUGGCCUAGGUCUUGCUGUUGGCCGAACUGGGCCACACACCAACCGACCUGUUGUACAGGAAACACAGCCAUUGACCCGCAUGGAGCUAUCCCACAGUUUGAAAGAUCGCAUUGGCUACACCUUGGACGUCAAACCAUCUCAAAUUCCCCACAAGGAUGCAGGCCAAGGUCUGUUCAUAGAUGGUGCUGCUCAAGUCGGAGCUGUGAUAGCCUUCUACCCUGGUGUAAUAUACUCACCUGCUUAUUAUCGCAAUAUCCCUGGAUACCCCCGGGUUGAUGCUAACAACCCAUAUCUAAUUACAAGAUAUGAUGGGAAUGUCAUCAAUGCACAGCCCUGGGGCGCUGGCAGUGAAACCCGUGAAGUAUGGGAUGGCGCUGCCCUGCCAGAAUUUCAAUCUAGUCCGUCGGAAGGCGUUGAUCGAAGUUCAGACCGGCUGUGGAGAUUGCUUAGUAAGCCUUUGGAAAGUGCCCGCAGAGAGAGUAGUGGGGAGGUGUUGGAGCGGCGCAACCCGCUUGCUCUCGCCCACUUUGCUAACCACCCAGCGAAGGGGACGGAGCCAAAUGUCAUGGUCUGCCCAUAUGAUUUUCCGCUGGCCGAGGCAGACAUGAGAACAUAUGUUCCCAAUAUUUUGUUUGGGAGCGAAGAGAAGGUGGGGAUGAAGAGAAUUGGCAGCUUUUGGUUCAAAUCUGGAGCAUCUGGCGAUAGUGGGGAAGAUGUCCCGAUCAUGAAGACGCUCGUCCUUGUGGCAACAAGGGCGCUAUGCGAUGAAGAAGUCUUCUUGAACUACAGACUGAGCAAUUCGAAGCGGCGGCCUGCGUGGUAUACUCCUGUCAAUGAAGAGGAAGAUCAGCGGAGGUGGAGCUAGUUGUGUAGGAUGUGGCCCAUUCUAUGCUGACUUGGCAGAGUUCUAGCUUUGGAUGGUGAUAUGAUUGGAUUCUGUGACAGGUGGCAUCUUUUCUUUUCUUUUUUGCUGAUGAGUCAAAUGAAGGGUUGCGAUUGUGCUGAUGUGGCAUGUGAGUCCAUCCGUACUGUUAUUAUAAUUCACCCCCCUCUUAUUUUUUGUAACUUCUCAUAAAUAUUUGUUAAAUUUAUGGAGGGAUCCUUUUUGGACAAC